UCCCAAGCUAGAGAAAGAUUUCUUAGAGUUUUUCUUUUCUUUUCUUUUCUUUUCUUUUCUUUUCUUUUCUUUUUCAAUAAUUUACUGGAUGAGAAUUGAUUUGAAAUUCCCCGAAAUCAAGACAACCCAAGUCCUUUUCUUUUCAAAAAAAGAAAAAAGAAAAAAAAAAUAAAUCAGAGAAUACAUUGGUGAUAUAGUAAAGAAGAACCAGCUUUUUCCAUCAUUCAUGCAUGUAUAUAUAUUGAUUUGCUGCAGCAACUUUGUCUGGAAUAUCUUCUUCACUGGCCUACAUAUUGGCUUAUGUUUUAUUUGUUUAUUUUAUGACUUCUGUGGUCCCUCAGCUCUCUUGAUCUCUCCCUCUCCCUCUCCCUCUCCCUCUCCCUCUUCCUUUGUACAUCUUCCAACUUAUGUUACAAAUAUUUUAAAACAUAUAUACUUUAAACACCUCUCUCUCUCUCUGUGUGUGUGUGUAUAUAUUAUAUUGUCCAAGCUUUUUUUCUUGCCUACUUCCUUCACAGCCUGUCAAGCUUGAAUUAUUAAGACCAUGAUUAUAAUUUUUUAGAAACAGGUCUGCUUUGUUGUUUCUUUAAACAAAGAGAGAGAGAGAGUAAUUCUGGGCUGUCAAAGAAAGAGAGAUUCUUUGCUGGGUUGUUUAUACUAUAGACAUCUAUCUCCAUGUUCUUCACAAAUAUUUUGUACAACCUUCUUGGGUUGCUCCGUCCAUCUUUGCUCUUGAAAGAGAAUAUGAGUUGUUAUGGAAGCUCAUGAGGAAGUUGGCUUCUUGUUUUUUCUUCUGCUUUGGUUGAUAUCUGGUUUCUGGACAGAAUCUUGGCAUGUGUAAGGACAAAGAUGUUCAAUGAGCCUCGUCGGAGAGAUUGCCGAUCCGGCCACCUUUUCUUUCAGGGAUGGGAACUAAACUUCAAUAUGCCUUCAAUCUUCUAGAACCUUCACCAAGUAGCACUAAAUUCCUCAGUGUUCAUUGUGUGAAUGAACUGGACUAUUCACAAACAAGAGAGCUGAACCUUAGCUUCCAAAUUCCUGAACUGGACAAUCGUUACAGCUUGGUUUACCGCAAAAUGCCUGAAAAAUACAACUUAGGUUUCAUCAGAAAGACAAUACAGAUGCAUGAAGAUACCUUCAAACAUCAGGUAAGGGAACUUCACAGGCUGUACAGUGUACAGAAGAUGUUAAUGGAUGAAUUGAAGAAGGAAAUUAAACAGAAUAAAAAGUACUGGAGUUCAAGGGAAACUAGUUCUUUGUAUAGUUUGAAUUUCCAAGGUUUGAGAGAUGAUGAUCCAAGCCCAAGGGAAAGAAGUAGUAGCUGCUCAGGUGAGAUCAUGGGAAUGACUACAAAGGGAUUUGAUCUUGAGAGACCUGCUGCGGAAGAAGACAUAUCUCCUGCUAUUAGUACUGCCAUUGAUGACACUAGAGCUGCAGGCACUAGCUGUUUGAUCCCAAUGAAAAGGACUAAUAAAAUGAGCAUGAAUGGCUCGGACUACGAAAGUGAAGUGGAGCUAACAUUAAGCAUUGGAGGCAGUAGCACCAGCAGUAGCAUCAGCAGCAGCAAGAAGAUGAUCAUAUCAGCAAAUCAAGAAAUGGGAUUCGCUGAACACAUUCAUAAGCCUUUGAAGGAGCAUGAUUCUCCGGUAUCAAUUAAGUAUGACCGAGGAGAAGAUUGCAGUACUCCGACAACCCCCAUGAGCAGUUCUAGUGCAACAUUUAAUCAUGAAAGAAAACAGCCACAUUGGCUGUUCCAAGGUUUAAGCAUAAACAGGACUAGUUAAACUUUAAUUUCUGAUUUUUAUCAGAACUUCAUCAGAUCAAAUAUUCAUAAUUUAGUAGACAAAUUAAUCUGAUAAAUGGAUCAUUGAGGUGUACUUCACUACCUGUAUGAAUUGUUUGUCUUUCAAAUUUCAAAUUAAGCCAAAUUAAUCACUCAAUCAAAUGCUAGCAUUGUCUUGCUGGACCAAAGCUAAGUUGAAGAUGCUGAAAUCUCGAGUAGGCUUCCUGUUUUCGGCUGAGAGGCUUUUC